AAAAGCAGCAGGAAGACUGGAACACCGUUGAAGACUUUUUCACGAACGAUUCAGUUUUUAGUAGACCCAUUGGAACGACGUAAUGGCUGUUAACUCGUGGUUGGCAGUUGUGGGGCUUGUGGCGGCGAUUUUCGCACAGACAAACCGCGGACAAGACGUCAGGACUGGACAGUGUUGUGGCAGUUGUGUCAGCGGGCCUCAAGGGUUACCCGGUAUCCCUGGAAACAACGGUCUCCCUGGUAACCCCGGUAGCCCUGGUAACAGUGGCGUCCCUGGUAACAAUGGCGUCCCUGGUAACCACGGUCGGGACGGUGCUAAGGGAGACCGAGGGGAGCAGGGGCCGCCCGGGGAGAAGGGCAGUGCAGGGGAGACGGGACCUCCCGGCAUGUUGGCCAGGGGGAACGUGAAGCAGUGUGUGUGGAACAACCUGAACAAUAAUGCGAACUCUGGGAUGAUCGUGACGUGUGCGUUCAACAAGGCAUCGCCGACAUCCGCCCUUCGUCUGACGUGGAACGGAUCCCUCAAAGUUAUGCAGUCCUCCGCAUCCUGUGCGCGCUGGUUCUUCACGCUGAACGGAGCAGAGUGCGGGAAUCCCGCCCCCAUCGACGGCAUAAUGUACACGAACGGGAAUAACAUCAACAUCCACCGUGUGUCUACAAUUGACGGCCUGUGUGAGGACCUGCCGGCUGGGCCUGUGACCGUGGCUCUGAACGUCGGCGCGUGCGCAGAACCACGCGGAACCCCGGACGCCUACACCGGGUGGAACUCCCACUCAAGGAUCAUCAUCGAGGAAGUCGACAUUUCAACUGAAAAUUAAACUAAAAUAUCAGCUUGCCUGUUGCUAUUGGUCAAUGAUGCAGUGAAAAGACAUGUGAUGCAGAUUCAAAACAUUCUAUUGUAUUUAGUCUCCUAACAGAUGCAAGACCCUGGUUUUACGCUUGCUUUUUUUAAAUCUUGUAUUCUAACAUUAAAUCAUAACAAUACAUAGUGUUGACGCACUCAAGCGAAAUAGUUUAUACAGUUACCACUGGACAUAAAAUGAUAAUCACAAUAGAAGCCAAAAGUAUGCAUAUGGAAUGUGAACGUCUGGUAUAGAGGAACAGAAUAAGACUGAUAAUAUGUUAUCUGUAAAUAGUUUGAAUCAGUGAUGAGUUUCAGAUAAGUAUAACUGUGUGAUAGCGAGAAUUUCUUUCUUUAUCUCUUUAUUUCAGGCAUGGCUCGCCCAUAUACAACAUACAGAUAGAAAUACACAUAAUAACAAUGGUAAAAUAUGUCUAUAAGUACAGACGGGCCCGGAUAUUGCGGAAGAAUCUGUCGAGGAAUACUACAUCGGAUUUAAAAACAGAUUGGAUAAUUUGUUUGAGGACUUGUACAGACGGGAUAUAAAAGAAUAACAUUGUUUGUGCCAUGUAGCGUCAAAUGUGUCAGUCCUAUUUUAAACAAAAGUUUUACUGGCACUGCAAAAUCUGGGUGAUGACUUUGUAAUGCGAACACAGCUGUUGUAGGUAACUCGAAACUUGAUUUGAGUGUAGACUUCAAAUAACAGUAAAAGUGAUCCUUUAAGUAACGGAA